AUGGCUUCCGAUCUCCCGCUCCCUCUCUUCGUAUUCCUCUUCCUCGUCCUCCUGCCGACGCCGUGCUCCUCGUGGCGACCGGCCGACGACGACGACGCGUCGGUCUCGAGGUCGGUGUUCCCCAUGGACGGUGACGUGGCCUGGGUGGUGCAGGUCAGCGACCUCCAUAUCAGCACCUACAACCCUGAGCGUGCCGCCGAACUCGCGCUCCUUGGUACCGCGCUGCGAGCAAUCCGGCCUCACCUUCUCCUCGUCACCAGUGACAUCACCGUUAGUAAGCAGCUUUGGAGGUAUCAUGAAAUCAGAACAACAGAAGAUCACAAGUCAAGCUUUUGGGAAUGGGAACUUGGAGACUGGAAGGACUCCAGAUUGAUGAGGAUUUUAGCAAUAGAUGGUGGUGCAGUCUCAUUCAUAGAUCACACAUUGAAACAGGCACUCCAAACUUCCAUCUUGAUCACAUAUCCAACAGAUUCAAGAAGUAUGAAUAUGUUGGAUUCAGAAAAGUGGUCGAUGAGAAAUGAUAUAAAUGUCCUUAUUUUCUCUGAUCAAGUUAUCCGUAAUGUGAGUGCUAGAGUCUUUGACUCUCAUAGUGAGUUUAAGAUUGUUGAGGAGAUACCUCUGCAGCUUGUUGCCAGUACUUCUGUUCACAGACCUUUGUUCCAUGCCAAAUGGAAUGCUGAAAAUUACAGAAGUUCAUCCGCUACUCGCUACUGGUUGCAGGUGUUUGUUCUUGAUUCUCAUGGUGUAAAAAUUUCAAGCGAGCAGAGACCAUUUUCAGUUGAGGGUAAGAUGGCAAUUCCCACAAGCUCAUGGACCAACUAUCUGCUCUUUGAAGUCCAGUGGGAAGACAUGUAUCAAGUUCUUCUGUGGAGUAAUUUGGUCUUCACCAUUGUAUUGUUGUUCAUCCCCAAACUAUUAUAUCAUUUUGUUAGGAGAAGUUCAUCAUAUCAAAGGUGGGCUGUUUCAAUCCUGUCAUCCCCUAUCCAGCAGAGAAAAGCUUACUUUUGGUUGGUUUGGUUUUUAAUGGAGGACACAAGGAGUAAACCUUUCUGGUUUUCUAUGAAAAAGGCUAUUGUGUUUUUGUGGCACAGAAGAAGAAUAGUAUACUCUGCUGACACAGCAAAUAUGCAUGCUGAGUCAUCAAGCUUGCUGCCAGUUGCUCCAAGGGCUUUACUAAUGAAAUUCACUGACAAGAUGGUGUCCAUGAUGAUCCAGUUUUGUGGUAGCUGGACAAGGAGGGCUCUUCUACUUACAUGCUUGAUCACUGCAGCAAUACAUUUGAAGCUCUGUUCAAAGCUAAUGUCAGCUUAUGGAAUGGUACCAGUAGCCUUGUCACCCCCAUUGGCAUGGAUACCACUGUUGUUAUUAGGUGGUGCUGCCUAUUGUACAGUUCUCCAUGUAGAUUAG